UUUGCGGACAUAGACUCCCAUUGUUAGGGCAGAGAGACGUGUUCCUGGUCCAUAAUCUUUGGUUUACCCUCUGAUUAUAUCUGCUGUGGAUUUUCUUUUUUCAAUAGUUAAAUGACUAGACAGACUGGACCAUCGUAUAAUUGUGUGCAAAAAGAUGGGCAGUCUUCGACAGAUGGGUAGAGGCACGCAGAUACUUGUCCUAGCUAUUUUCUGUCUGUCAGCAUCAGUGAUGUACUCCUUCAUAUUCCACUAUAGCGCAAAAGAGGAAGACACAGAUCAAUUAGUUCCUCAGCAAAUAAGAGCCUUACCAUCCAGCAGUCCCAGACAACCCAAUUGCAUCUGUCAGGGAAGCGGAGUGUUUGUACUGAAAGAUCAUAUUCCAAAAGACCAGUAUGAUGACAUAGUCAAACGAAGAGCUGAGGAGUACAGGAAGCAUCAUAUCAGGACAAGCUCCAGUCUGAACAGGCUUAUCUUUGCUCCAUCCAACUCCCCUCUUCAGUAUCCAAUCCAGGGGUUCACUGUUGUCCCACUUCGGAAGACAUUGAUACCAGGUUUAGCUCUCCAUGCAGCAAAAAGACAAAAUUACAAGGUGACUCUGAGUGUGUCCAGUGGUGUCCUGGCCAUCGAGGCCCUUGGAGAGGGGGACAAAGAGGGACCGGGAGAGAAAGAGAUCACUGUCCAGUCUACCAGCCUAUCUGACCUCAACAAUCUUCUGGGACAAAUUACCUACACCAGCACUGUGUACCGAAUGAGGACUGGAGAUCUGGCUCACUUCACGUUUGAACACCAUGAGGCUGUCUUCCCCAUUGUCAUCCAGCAGACAUCAGUGCCUGUUUUAUAUGACAUAGGAAAUGAUAUCAACUCCCGGGUGACCAUCGUCACCAAGACGUUUCUGAGAUACACCGAGCUGCAGGCCCUCAUCAGUAGCAUAAGGACCUAUUACAAGGACAUCAAAAUCAUCAUCGCCGACGACAGCCUGGAGCCACAGAAAGUGAACGGCUCCAACAUUGAGCAGUACAUCAUGCCCCCAGCACAGAUCUCCUCUAGAGCAGUGAUGUUUUGGGGCUGUUGCUGGGCAACAGGGACAUUCAACUCCCUCCAAAGAUUUUCUAUGGGGUUGAGAUCUGGAGACUGGCUAGGCCACUCCAGGACCUUGGAAUGCUUCUUACGAAGCCACUCCUUCGUUGCCCGGGCGGUGUGUUUGGGAUCAUUGUCAUGCUGAAAGACCCAGCCACGUUUCAUCUUCAAUGCCCUUGCUGAUGGAAGGAGGUCUUCACUCAAAAUCUCACGAUACAUGACCCCAUUCAUUCUUUCCUUUACACGGAUCAGUCGUCCUGGUCCCUUUGCAGAAAAACAGCCCCAAAGCAUGAUGUUUCCACCCCCAUGCUUCACAGUAGGUAUGGUGUUCUUAAUUAUACUUUACCGUUCAAAAAUUUGGGGUCACUUAGAAAUGUCCUUGUUUUUGAAAGAAAAGCACAUUUAUUUUGAACGGUAGUGUAUAAACAUUUAUUGGGUAUUAAAGUGUAGGAUUGUAUAAUAAUAAUAAUGUGUAUGAUUUUAUAUAAAGGUUUAGUAAAAACAUUAAGGUUAUAGUUUAACAUUGCACAGUAAAAGUUUUAAUAAUUGUAAUAUGUAUGCAUUUCUGUACUAAAGAUUUUGAAGAAAAUAAAGGGUUUUAAA